AUGAGGAGUGUUUUUGUUUUGUGUAUUUUAACAUCGUUGUUUUCCGUUACCUGUGCAGGUAGGUUUAAUUUUCAGCGCGUAAGCAGCGGAAUUGACUGUUGCUAUAUACAUGAACUACUUGAUACAUCUUCCGUUUUUGAAAGUUAAUUAUGUUAAAUUAUCGCUGUAAAAACUCCAUCAUUAACUAUUUCAAGUCGCGUUUGUAAAUAUGCCUGGCCUGAAUUUAAAAUGUGUGAGGAAGUGUCACAGUGACGCUAUAUGCUAACAGCAGGCUGCUAUGGUUUAUGUCUGAACUAGACCGGAAACUGGUUAUUAAAACAAUUUUUAUAGCAAAUACGAAGCUAUCAACUUUUAGACAAAGGGAUUUUUCUCGAAACUUCGAAGGUUAAAUCUUUUUUAGAUAGUUCCGACACAUACCACAGGCACAGCAGCUGAUAUGAGAAUAUCGACCAUUUUUUGGUCCAGUGCAGGUAGCUAGUAUUCUAAAUUGUACUUUCCUUCCAUCUGUUUCUAGUUAAUAUCACACCGUUGUUCACCGAGAGCGAAUACAUUGUUGAUAAUUUAGAGGAAAGAGCUGACAUCGGUAAAUAAACUAUAUUUAUACAUGAUAACUCAGUUCUAAACUGUUCUUCCUGGAAGUCCAGUAAGGAUCAUCUCUUAUUGAUCCAAUGUUACUACAGGAGGAAACCUGAACUAAACUAACUUUAUUUAUACUGGAUAGCUCUAAACUGUUCUUCUUGAAACACUCCAGGUACACCAGUAUUAAACGUGACAGCGACAGACGAAGACGGGGAUGAAGUCACUUAUGUGCUUGGUGGCGAGGCUGGGUCAAAAUUUAAGAUUAACAACAAAACUGGUGAAGUGUUUCUCAAUGCAUUUCUAACCAAGCAGGUAAAAGACACUCCAUUUUUCAUAAUUUUUCUUGGAGAGGCAAGUAAAAUCAACUUAGAACCUUUAACUUCUUCUGUACUUUACAUUUUUAAUCUUAUUUGUAGGAAUAUCCAGGCAGGAUCAGUUUUGAGGUUUUCGCUUAUGAUGACUUCAACGGGCCUGAAUUCAAGGUAUGAGAAUGGUGGAAUUCCUGGAUGUGAUUAUGAUGGUUGCGAUGGUGAUUGGUGAUGGUGAUGAUGAUGAUGGUGGUGGAUGUGAUGAAAAUGGUAGUGGUGAUGAUGAUGAUGAUGAUGAUGGUGUUGUUGAUGAUGGUGUUGAUGAUGGUGGAUGUGAUGAAAAUGGUGAUGGUGAUGGUGGUAAUAAUGAUAAUGAUGGUGUUGAUAAUGAUGGUGGUGGAUGUGAUGAAAAUUGUAGUGAUAAUGGUGAUGGUGAUGAUGAUGAUGAUGAUGAUGGUGGUGAUGAUGGUGAUGAUGAUGAUGAUGAUGGUGGUGAUGAUGGUGGUGAUGAUGAUGAUGGUGGUGAUGGUGGUGAUGAUGAUGGUAAUUGUGAUGAUGGUGAUGGUGGUGAUGAUGGUGGUGAUGAUGAUGGUAAUUGUGAUGAUGGUGUUGAUGAUGAUGAUGGUGGUGAUGAUGAUGAUGAUGGUGGAUGUGAUGACAAUGGUAGUGGUGAUGGUGGUGAUGAUGAUGAUGGUAGUUGUGGUGAUGAUAGUGAUAAUUCAAAUGGCUAGAUUCCCCUAAUUCCUAUCAACAAUUUUCUUGACAGGUUUCUGCCAAUGUCUACGUCAUUCUUGUCGACGUUAACGACAACACGCCACAUUUUAUCAACGAACCAUACAAAGAAGACAUAUCUGAAAAUGCAAACGUUGGGACGAUGGUUUUGCAAGUCAGUGCUGUUGACGACGAUCCAAGUCCAAAAUACGGUCUUGUCUCGUACAAAAUCAACUCAGGCAACGAAGUAUGUGCAACUCAUUUAUACUAUACAACUGUUCUAAACUGUUCUUCCUAAAGGUCCAGUAAGGAUCAUCUCUUAUUGAUCCAGUGUUACUACAGGAGGAAAUUUAAACUAAACUAACUUUAUUUAUACUGGAUAGCUCUAUCAGUUCUAAACUGUUCUUCUUGGAGGUCCAGUAAGGAUCAUCUUUCAUUGAUCCAGUGUUACUACAGAAGGAAACCUAAAUUAAACUAACUUUAUUUAUACUGGAUAGCUUUAUCAGUUCUAAACUGUUCUUCCUAGAGGUCCAGUAAGGAUCAUCUCUUAUUGAUCCAGUGUUACUACUGAAGGAAACCUGAACUAAACUAACUUUAUUUAUACUGGAUAGCUCUAUCACUUCGAAACUGUUCUUCUUGGAGAUCUAGUAAGGAUCAUCUCUUAUUGAUCCAGUGUUACUACAGGAGGAAACCUGAACUAAACUAACUUUAUUUAUACUGGAUAGCUCUAUCAGUUCUAAACGGUUCUUCUCGGAGGUCCAGUAAGGAUCAUCUCUUAUUGAUCCAGUGUUACUACAGGAGGAAACCUAAACUAAACUAACUUUAUUUAUACUGGAUAGCUUUAUCAGUUCUAAACUUUUCUCUAGUAAAGAUCAUCUCUUAUUAAUCCAUAGUUAACAGAAGUGAACUAUUGUAUCACCAAUACCCCUAACACUAACACGAAAAGGAUCUUUAAGUCCAUGUAAUGUUUUUAACGAAGCUUUCAAUUUUGUAGGAUGGAAAGUUUUACCUCGCGACCUACAAUGGCUAUAUUUCUGUUGUGGAUAUUUUGAGUUUUGAUGAGAAAACGCAAUAUGUUCUCAAUAUUUCAGCCAUGGUAUGAACUCUUGCUUUAACCAAGACAAGUGUUGCUUUGCUGGUGAAUUUUCACUUGCAAGAAAUAUUUUGCUGUCGAAAAUUUUCGCUCAAUUUCUUUUGAAAUGUGAGCGAACUAAUUUAUUAAUUAGGAUUGAUUAUAUUUAUGAUUAUUUACCUCACUCCUCAUCGAGGCUUUUCAGUGACCGAUUACAUCAAGUACUACGCUCACUUACAUUAUCUACUAAGCUUUAUAGACUAUAUAUUUUUACAACAAUUGUGAUAUUACAGUAUACUUUCCUAACUAUGUUUAUCCUAACCCACCCUGUCAACUUUCUCGGUUAUCAAGCGAAAUAUUUCUCUGGAAGUAGAAAACCACGUUUACUUAAUAAGAGGUGUGUUUGUUCUCUAGGAUGGUGGAGGUAAUCAAGAUAUUGCCAUGGUAACCAUCAAUGUUCUUGAUUACGACAAUUUACCAGCAGUGUUUGACGCGAGGACGUACCUCGCCUCCGUACGUGAAGAUGCCGAGAAGGUAUGAGAAGGACGUUAAAUCGUAGGUACCUCAGAUUCCCCAUCAAUUGGGCAAUAGGCAAUAGCCUGUUGGAAAAUUCGCUCACCAAAGGCCUCGUGCAACAAAUCCUUACCUAACAGUAUUUUUUUUUUCAGGGAUUUGCAGUUAUUCGAGUCUCGGCUCACGACGGAGAUUCACUCAACGCUUCAGUCGAAUAUCUUCUUGAUCCAGGUGAGUUCUCAAAGAAUUUUUGUGAAGAUUGCAAAAGAUUUUUUGUAUUAAAUUUUUGGGGAUAAUAGCUACCAAUGAAUACACUAUAUAUAAUGAUAUACUGUUACAGUAGUAGAGUUAUGAAUGUAAAUGUUCGGGAUUACAUUCAUUUAUUUAAACCAGAGUAGCGAAACAAGUGUCUGAGUUUUUGUUUUCGUUUGUAGAUUCAAACAAGAACAACAUUUUUGCAGUCGAUAAUACAACCGGUGUGAUCACGGUGAAUGGUACUCUUGAUCGUGAGAAAACCUCUUCAUAUCUUCUAAGAAUUGGCGUGAGUAUUGUUUGGAGAGAUAAAAACCACAAGACCAGAUUAACAUCAUCACUAAGCCAUCACCAUCAUUAUCACCAUCAUCUUCACCAUCAUCACCAUCAUUAUCAUCACCAACAUCGUCACCACCAUCAUCAGCAUCAUUAUCACCACCACCAUCGUCAUCAUCAGCAUCUUCACCAUCAUCUUCACCAUCAUCAGCAUAUUUACCAUCACCACCAGUUCACGAUCAUCAUCAUCGGCAUUAACACCAUCUAAAUAAAAACACCCACCUUAAUUUCUUACCUCUUUUGCAGGCAAAAUCGACGUACCAUGCGGCAGUCUACACAACCGUAUCCGUUCAAGUUUUGGACGUCAAUGACAACAGACCAAAGUUUGAGAAGAACGUGUACGAAGCGUUUGUUCCUGAGAACUCUCCUGUAGAUUUGACUGUUUUGCAAGUCACUGCCACUGAUGCUGAUGUUGUGAGUAUUGUAAUAAUCAUCUCUUACUGAUCCAGUGUUACUACAGAGGAAACCUAAACUAAACUAACUUUAUAUAUACUGGAUAACUCUAUCAGUUUUAAAGAGGUCCAGAGGUCCAGUAAGUAUUAUCUCUUAUUUAUUAAUUUUUAUUACAGGGUGAAAACGCGACGUUGCAGUACAUUCUCGUUGGAGCUAACGACAAGUUUGAUAUUCGAAGUUCAGGACAAAUUGUGGUGAAAGCAAACAUCGAUCGUGAAGAAAAAAGCCAAUAUAAAUUUGUGGUACGGUAAUUAUUGUGAAAAAUAAUUGAGUAGGAUCCAAAGCGUUGACAGACUCUUUUGAACGUUGACUGAUCUCUACCAGAUUUCUUUUGUAAACAAUUUUUUUUUCAUUACUCAAGGUUACCGCUAAAGAGACUCUGACUCGAGAACGAUAUGAGAGCAACGUGACCAUCAUUAUAAAUAUCACUGACGUCAACGAUCACAACCCAAGUUGUUCGCAAGAGAUUUAUAAAGUUACGGUGGAUGAGAAUCGACCCAAUGGUACAUUUGUUGCACAGGUACUCAUUAGUUUUUCGUGUAUGUGAUGAAUUGUAAUUAGGUUACGAUGCUGAGCAGCGAUCGAACCCCCCCCCCCCCCUUUCUUCCACCCAAAUCCCCCAAGUAGAGAGUCCUCAGAAGAGGAGGUUGAGGGCUCUGCCAGUGGUAAUAGGCAAAGAAGAUAGGCAAAGACUCGAAAGAUCUGGCAGCGUAGGGAGUAACAAAACACCAAACUGCCUGUUCACUGAAGAUUGGAACACUAUUCCUAAAAUCAUAUAACUGGAUUAAAAACAUUUGUUCAUCUUAAAAACCAAUUAAGAAAUCAUCUUCUUGGGUGAUUGAAAGUACCUGGAAAAGAUUACAAAGGCUUUUCGUCGAGAGUUUAGUAACCAAAUCAUUCCUCAUUCUUAGGUUCUCGGUGUCGAUGCAGAUGCUGGUCAAAAUGCAGAGAUCCGCUUUUCGCUCGACUCUGAACUCGAUGGUCACUCCAGUUAUUUCACACUGGACCCAGUCAGUGGGAACAUUACGACAUUACAACCUCUGGAUCGUGAGAUGAAAAGUUCUUUCACUUUGGAAGUGACUUUGAAAGAUCAAGCCACUGUCGAGCAGAAAAGGUGACGAUCCUUACCUCUAGAACUCUAGGAAGAACAGUUUAGAACUGAUAGAGCUAUCCAGUAUAAAUAAAGUUAGUUUAGUUUAGGUUUCCUCCUGUAGUAACACUGAAUCAAUAAGAGAUGAUCCUUACUGGACCUCCAGGAAGAAAAGUUUAGAACUGAUAGAGCUAUCCAGUAUAAAUAAAGUUAGUUUAGUUUAGGUUUCCUCCUGUAGUAACACUGGAUCAAUAAGAGAUGAUUCUUACUCGACUUCUAGAAAGAACAGUUUAGAACUGAUAGAGCUAUCCAGUGUAAAUGGAGUAGGCAAAGCUAAAGUUUUUCAGAACUAAAUAUUUUCAAAAUAAUUUUUUUCAGGUCGGGAUCAUGUUUCGUUCAAAUCACAGUAGGAGACCAGAAUGAUAAUAUUCCGACGUUUAUUUCGUUGUCGAAUGCCACUUCAGUCGCAGAAGACGCACCCCCCGGGACAGUUGUCGUUACAAUCAAGGUAUGUACAUCUCCGUACCGUACACUGAGCUAUAUAUACUACUGGAGGGCAAACUUGGUAGUAUACUAUAUAUAGCACUAAAAUUACAUAGCUCUUUACUUUUGAUAACGAUAACUUUGUAUCCUUUUAGGCGCUUGACGAAGACGUGUCCUCAAAUGCUGAAGUCCGAUACCAAAUCGUAUCAGGAAAUAUAAAUAACACUUUUCAUUUAAAUAUUUCGAGGUACGGUGCUUAUAAUAAACGUGCAAGCGUCUACAUUGGAAAGUGAGCUACUUUUUUUACUGUUUCUUUGUUUCAUUUAGUGGUGUUUUAACAACGAUAAAAACUUUGGAUAGAGAGUCAAUCUCACAAUACAACUUGGUCGUGAAUGCGACCGACAGUGGUGGGAUGGUAAGUCUUAAAUUUUAGACAAGCUUCAUUAAUGACAUCUUUUCAAACCAACCAGUAUUUCGACGCGAAAAUGGAUUAUGCCACCGUGUUAUCAAAUUCCUUUAUGUGUUGUGAAUUAUUAAUGAGUUUAAGAGAAAUAUUCAAGCUGAAAUUUUUUAAAAACCUAGUUACCACUCUCUUUUCGUUUAGUCUCAGACAGAAGUAUUGAUAAUCUCGAUAUCAGAUCAAAAUGACAAUCCGCCUGAAUUCCAUCACUCAGGAGGCUACACUUUCGCUGUUGAUGAGAACAGCGCUGCAUUGUUGGUUGGUAUUGUACAGGCUACCGAUGCGGAUCUUGGCAGGAACGCUGAAAUUGUUUAUUCCAUUAACUCUUCUGCUGUCUCGGAUAAGUAAGUUUCCCUUGUAUUAGAGUUUAGGGCGAAGUGAGCUGACAAAAAGCAUGGGCAGAUGAUGCGACAUACUAAUGUUUCUUUCCCAAUAUAGUUUUGUUAUUGAACCUUCAACGGGAACUAUCAGGACCGCUGUACCGCUGGAUCGUGAGACUACAGACAUGUAUAUGCUGACAGUGACUGCAGAGGAUGCUGGGACACCCGGUCUGUUUACCAGUGUCACGGUAUAUAUCAAUGUCUCUGACGUGAACGACAAUACGCCACACUUCUCUCAGGAACAUUAUACUGUGAGCUUGGCUGAGAAUGAAGACAACAUGAAUUUCCUUAAUCUUACGGUACAGUCUAGAUUAUUAUGCAGUAAUAUUUCAGAACAACCAUCAUGAUCACCAUCACCGAUUCACCAUAUCAUCAUAUCAUCACCAUAUCAGUUUCCCUCGAGUGUCAAUGCUGUAUUUGAACAGCUGGAGGGUGAGUAGUCACAUAGUAAGAUACGACACUAACGCCCGUAUUCUAAAAGCUCACUCACACUCAAUGAGUGGAGAUUCAAUUUGAGCUGCUCUUGAGUGUCAAUGCUGUUUUUGAAUAGCUGGAGGUUCAGUGUCGUACCUUACUACUGUAUGUGACUAUACUCACCCUCCAACUAUUUAAAAACAGCAAUGACACCCAAGGAAAGCUCAGAUUGAACCUCCACUCUUUGAGUGUGAGGGUGAGUCAGCUUUUAGAAUACAGGCGUAACCCUCCAGCUAUUCAAAAACAGCAUUGACACCCAAGGAAAACUCAGAUGGAACCUCCACUCUUUCAGUGUGAGUGGGAUUUUAGAAUACAGACUUAAAAUGUCUACUCUUAUCUCUAAAGGCGACUGACAAAGAUCUCGGUCUCAACUCCAAACUACGCUACAGCAUCCUCACUGGAAAUGCUGAAGGUGAUUUCACAGUGGACACUAGUACUGGACAGCUAUCAACCACCAAAACUCUGGAUUAUGAAAAAGACAAGAUGUUUACGUUGUUGGUUCAAGUUCAUGAUCUGGAUGGUAACUCGAGUUAUGGACAAUCAUUUCAUGACAAUGCUGUAGUGUAUGUUUCUGUUCAGGUAAUUUUACUUAAAAGUUUAUGUAAAUCAGCAUGAUUUUGUGUCAGAUAUAUAAACUCCUUCUCGGUCGUGAUUUCUUUUAAUUUGUGCUUUCUUCAUAAAAGUUACAAGUUUUUCUCAUGUAUUCCAGGACGUUAACGACCAUUCCCCAACGUUCACAAAAUCCUCGUACGAAGUACGUCUGUAUGAAAACAUCACCGUUGGGAGUGAAGUGAUUCUGGUCAGAGCUACAGAUGAAGAUAGUGGCGAUAAUAAAGUCAUUGAAUAUUCAUUUGCAAGCGGAGCUGGCCUCGAGAACUUCUAUAUUGAUAUGAACAGUGGAAGAAUCACAGUGAAGAGUCAGAUUGACCGAGACCCACCUUUGAACCAAACUAUGUUUAAUAUCACGGUGAGUUGAUGUUCAGAAAUGUUGGUUAAAUAAAAUGUUCUGUCUUAAUUCUUACCCUUACAUUUCCUCUUUUCGUAGGUUAUGGCUAAAGAUAACGGUAACCCAUCCUUAAAUUCAACAGUCCAGGUUAGUAUUAGAAAAUGAACAUUUCUUUAAUCUUGUUGUGAAAUUCAUAAUGAAUUAACUUUGGCUCCAGUCAAAGUUCAAAACAUAUCAUGUACCCUGGCUUGUAAACCCCGUACAAAUUAAUCAUCAAAAUGCUAUUUAAUUACAAACACUCGUGGCUUCAACUCUUUUGUUACAUCCAAGGGUGCUUGUCACUUAUGCACUUAAACAUUAUUUAUAAUAAUUAUGAACAUUAAUUUCUUCCAGCUUUUUAUAACAGUUGACGACGUAAACGACAAUGCUCCCACAUUCACACAAGGUAAAAUUAUACUUAGAUUUUUUCAUAUAUUAUUAAAUUACGUUUAAAUCAUUGUAAUAUUGAUUUCUGUCACCAGCUGAGUACACAGUCCAGUUAGCAGAGAACAGCGCCGCUGGUAAAUCUUUGAUUCAAUUGUCUUGUGUGGAUAAUGACGAGGGAAGCAAUGGACAAUUUGUUUUCAUGAUCAGGAGUGGAAUUAACCAGGUAUUUUAUGUAGAAAUUAUUAUUAAACUAAACUAACUGUAUUUACACUGGAUAGCUCUGUCAGUUCUAAACUGUUCUCCCUAGAGGUCCAGUAAGAACCAUCUCUUAUUGAUCCAGUGUUGCUACGGGGGGAAACCUAAACUAAUUUUAUUUAUUCUUGAUGGUUGUAUCAGUUUUAAACUGUUCUUCCUGGAGGUCCAGUAAAGAUAAUCUUUUAUUGAUCCAAUGGUACUACAGGAUGAAACCUAAACUAUAUUUACACUUGAUGGUUCUAUCAGUUUUAAACUGUUCUUCCUAGAGGUCCAGUAAGGAUCAUCUCUUAUUGAUCCAGUGUUACUACAGGAGAAAACCUAAACUAACUUUAUUUAUACUGGAUAGCUCUAUCAGUUCUAAACUGUUCUUCCUAGAGGUUCAGUAAGGAUCAUCUCUUAUUGAUCCAGUGUUACUACAGGAAGAAACCUAAACUAAACUAACUUUAUUUACACUGGAUAGCUCUAUCAGUUCUAAACUGUUCUUCCUAGAGGUUCAGUAAGGAUCAUCUCUUAUUGAUCCAGUGUUACUACAGGAGGAAACAUGAGUACUUGGAGAAAAUCUGCAGUGUUUGGUAGAGUCAAACUGGAAGCACUCUUCUCACAUGUGACUGAGGAGAAAUUAUAAUCAGAGAAGUGUAUAUUGCAGGAAUCAGCUCUAUCACAGAGAUGAAAGACAUCUCUACUUGAAAUUUUUUGUUCUCAGGCUAGCCCAGAGUUCUACAUUGACAACAAGACUGGUUUAAUAACAAAUCUGGUAGAAAUAGAUUACGACCAAGGUGUUCAUGAAUUCCGUUUGGUUGUGGAUGCUGUUGACAAUGGUCAUCCUCAAUUGAUUGGGUAAGCACUUGUAUUUUUAUUCAGCGAACAUUCCAUCAUAUCUUCACAGACUAUGAGCAUAUGAAAUGCUUACCUGAAAACUAUUAUUUUCGACAAAGCUAAUUGAUAAACAAAUCAUUUUCAUUCAAGUUCAACUUCAGUUGUAAUUCAAAUUGAAAAUACGAACGACAACACGCCGCAGUUCACCCAAGACAGUUAUUCAUUCUCCAUCCAAGAGGGAUCCUACAUCGGAAUGCAUCAGACAGUUGGCAUGGUAACAGCUAAUGACGUGGACAGUGAUGGGGAAAGUCCUUACGGCCGAGUAUACUAUAGCUUCGAAACUGAAUCCAGUAAGUUGAUGUGUGUUUUGGUUGCUUGCCAACUCUCAUGCAACUCUUGUUCUCGUUUGAUCAAGGAAUGAAAGUUGAGAAAACUCUCAUGUAAAC